AUGUCCGACUCGCAACAAGAGCGUCAACCGGCCCAUCUCCGAUUCUUCCGGAGCACGCUCUUCCAAAUCCUCGUCGUCGGACUUUGUGCAUUUUGUGCCCCCGGCAUCUGGAGCGCCAUGAAUGGCCUCGGAGUUGGCGGCUCCCAGAGCCCCAAUCUUGUCAAUGCCGCAAACGCUCUCCUCUAUGCUUUCAUGACAGUUACCUGCUUUGCAGGUCCAUGGAUGACCAACCUCAUCGGGUUUCGCUGGACCCUCACGCUUGGGUCCAUUGGUUAUCCGCUGUAUGCGGCAGGGCUAUACCUGAACAACCGCACGGGUGCCACUUGGCUCGUGUACUUCGGCUCGGUGGCCUGUGGCAUCAGUGCAGGUUUCUUUUGGAGCGUCGAAGGGGCCAUCUCAACCGGCUACCCUGAGCAGCACAAACGCGGCCGCUACCUAGCUACGUGGUUUACCUUCCGGAACUUUGGGAACAUCAUUGGCGGAGCAAUUUCACUUGCUCUUAACCACAACGUCAACCAUAAAGGCCAAGUCGGGUACCAGACGUAUGUUGGUUUCAUCGCCAUUCAGUGCCUCGGUUUGGUCUUCGGUCCCCUGCUAUCGAAUCCAGAGAAGGUACAACGUGACGACGGAACACGCAUCGAAGCCCCUCGUGGGAUGGAGUGGCGCGAGGAAGGUCGAAUCAUGUGGCGACUAAUACGUAGCCGGUCAAUCUUACUGCUUGUGCCACUGUUCUGGUACUUUGGCUGGAUUCAGGCGUAUCCGGGCACGUAUCUCGCGACGUAUUUCACCGUCCGGUCGCGAGCUCUGGGAAGCUUUCUGUCCGCUGUCGUAGGCACACUGGCUACUUGGCUGGGAGGGUCACUAGUUGAUCUACCGUGGCUGAAGAGCCGCAAGAAGCGGGCUAUCUUCACAUAUAUCCUGAUCGCUGCAUUGAACAGCACUACCUGGAUCUGGGCUGUGGUGAUUCAAAACGAGUAUCGCCAUACCCAGCCGGUCUUGGAUUGGGGCCAUCAGCGCUCAUUCGGACGAGGGUUUGGCUUGUAUCUCUUUGAACGCAUCAGCCUUGGCUUUGUUGAGAAUUAUAUCUAUUGGUGUAUCGGAAACUUGUCUGAUUCUCCAGGCGAUCAAAUUCGCUACAGCUCGUUGCUGAGGGGCAUUGAGACGGCUGGUGUGGCUGUGGGAUUUGGCGUCCAGGCUGUUCCGACCGCGCUGAUUGCGACAGCGAGUAUCAACUGUGGCUUGUGGUUCUUCGCACUGCCUUUCAGUUACUAUGCCACUCUGCAAGUUUUGCGGAAGUUUGAAAGCCAAGCGAAGAGUGACGACAGACAGGACUAA